AUGGGACUAAGUGGCUUGAUUAAUGUAGACACCCUGCUGGAAUUGUCCAAUUUCAACAGUUUUAGUGUCAUUAACAAUAGCUUUGAGGGUCCAAUGCAUGCAUUCAAGAAGCUUGAGAGUUUAAGGGCAUUGUUUCUGAGCAAUAACAAAUUCUCUGGUGAUAUUCUUGACGAUGCUUUUGAUGGGAUGGGACCCCUGAAGAGAGUAUUCUUGGUAGAAAACGGAUUCACGGGUCAUAUUCCUACAUCCCUUGCUAAUUUGCCUGGGCUUUUGGAAGUGAACUUGCAUGGAAAUAGAUUUGAAGUUUCUAGUGAAGUGUUGGAAUUCCAACAUGAAGUCAGAUCCUCUGAGGUGACAGCUGAAUCCAAGGUCAUGGUUUUGAAUGGACCAGUUAUGGUCGUGAAGAGGUUUCAACAUAUGAACAAUCUUGGGAAAAAAGAAUUCUUUGAGCACAUGAAAAGGCUUGGAAGGUUGACACAUCCCAAUCUACUCCCUCCUGUUGCUUUCUUUUACAACGAAGAAGAUAAGCUUUUGGUUCAUGACUUUGUUGAAAAUGGCAGCUUGGCUAGUCAUCUCCAUGGUAUGACAUAA